AUGCGCGAGAAAGUCGCCACCGCUGAGGUGAAUUCUUCAGUAUUCGUCAAUCAAGAAAUGGACGAUAAUGCAGCGCUUGGGAAGCGGCCAGACUCUACGGAGAGCCUGCAAGACAUCGAUGCUGGAGACAAGAAGACAGCAAGCACCGCCGGUGACAGGCGGCACGCGUGCGGGCAGUGCGGCUUUCCCCACUUCGAGACGCACACGGGCGAGAAGCAGUACGUGUACGCCGAGUGCGGCAAGGGCUUUGCGCACGACUUCAACUUGAACCUGCGAGUGAGGUCGCAUACGGACGAGAGGUCGUACGUUUGCGAGGAGUACGGGAAGGGUUCCGCGCAGGCCUGCAACUUGAACCUGCGAGUGAGGUCGCACACGGACGAGAGGUCGUACGUUUGCGAGGAGUACGGGAAGGGCUCCGCGCAGGCCUGCAACUUGAACCUGCGAGUGAGGUCGCACACGGACGAGAGGUCGUACGUUUGCGAGGAGUACGGGAAGGGCUCCGCGCAGGCCUGCAACUUGAACCUGCGAGUGAGGUCGCACAUGGACGAGAGGCCGUACGUUUGCGAGGAUUGCGGGAAGAGUUUUCCCGGCUGCUCCGACAUGAAGAGGCACGCCAGGACGCACGCGGGCGAGAGAACGUACGUGUGCGACGAGUGCGGGCAGGGGUUCACGCAGGUGGACAGCUUGCACGUGCACGCAAGGAAGCACACGGGGGAGAGGCCGUACGUGUGCGCAGUGUGCGGCAACGGGUUUGCUUUGCGUCGCCACCUUCAGCGGCAUUCGGUGACUCACGGGGAGUGA